AUGGAUAAAUAUUACUAUGAAUUUUUCUUCACAGUAAUAUCACUAAUUAUAUUUCUUUCGCAUGGCCAAGUACAUGCAAGAAAAGGCUAUGGUAAUUAUGAACAAGAAUGGGACUACGUGACAGUCCGACCAAAUGCCCAAAUGUUUUGGUGGUUACACUAUGUAAAUCCUCUCAAUUCAUCAACGAAUGGUAAUUUUUCUGUUUACGAAAAACCAUUAUUAAUAUGGCUACAAGGUGGUCCAGGUGCAUCCUCAACUGGCUAUGGAAAUUUCGAGGAACUUGGACCAAUUGAUUUGGAUGGUAAUCAACGUAAUCACACCUGGAUAAAUGACUACAAUGUUUUAUUCAUUGACAAUCCAAUUGGCAGUGGUUUUAGUCAUGCUGAAUCUUUUUCAGCUUAUGCUAAAACAAAUCUUGAAAUUGCUGAAGAUUUACUUGAAUGUAUACGUAAUUUUUAUUAUAAAUUACCAGAAUUUAUUGAUGUUCCAACAUAUAUUACUGCUGAAUCAUACGGUGGUAAAAUGGCUGCUGAAUUUGCUCUUCUUUGGUUCAAAGAACAAAAGGAAAAAAAAAUUGAAAGUAAUUUAAAAGGUGUGGCUUUGGGAGAUUCAUGGAUAUCACCAAUUGAUUCAGUCAUUUCAUGGGCUCCAUUUCUUCUCAACACGGGUAUGAUUGACAUAAGAGGCUAUGAUUUAAUACAAAAAUCAAUUGAAGCAACAAAAUUAGCUGUGGAACAAGAAAGAUGGCAAGAAGCAACAAAUUUAUGGGGUCGAACUGAAAAUGUCAUAAUGGAAAUAGUCAAUAACAUUGACUUUUACAAUAUUCUAGAAAAAAAAAAACCAAAUGAUUAUUUCGAUAUUCGAGAUGAGCUUCUUGAUAAAUUAAUGAAUAGUGAUGUUAAAGAAGCAUUGGGUCUUAAUGUUACAUGGGGUGAACAAUCAUCAAGAGUAUUUAGUAUUUUAAGUGGUGAUUUUAUGAAACCAGCUGUUCAUAUUGUUGAAAGAUUAUUAAAUGAAACUAAUCUUGAAAUUUUUGUAUUCACUGGUCAGCUUGAUUUAAUUGUUGCAACACCUGGAACACUUGCUUGGGUUGAAGCACUCAAAUGGCAUGGUAAAAAAAAAUGGGAAACAUCUGAAAGAAAAACAGUUGUUGUUGACAAUAUCAUCGAGGGUUACGUCAAAGAAUAUUCAAACUUUAAAAUGUACUGGAUCAAUCGAUCUGGUCAUAUGGUUCCAAGAGACAAUCCAUAUGCAACAAAAGCCAUGCUUCAACACUUGACUAAAUUGUAAAAAAUAAAUAAAUAAAUAUAAUUGAAAGAAAAA